UUGAAGGCAACGAUAUCAAUUAAAGCGGUGGCAUAAGCAUGGCACCCAGUUCCUUUAUCCAUAUGCUGCGCGCCCUCACUACGCCACGUGCGCCCGUUCUCAUAAUCGCCAGCCGAUUGCGCCGCAAAUUCCCAUUGAAUAAUCAGUUGCCCCUGCUGCUGCGGAGCUGUCGUGCGUUGUCAACGGGUUCUGUUACCGCACAAACAAACAAAAGGGAUAAGGCCCGGGUGGCGCACUGGAUGAGCAGCAGAUCCUAUAGCAGCAGUCCCACUAAUACCAAGGAACAACCGGCAACGGCUGCAGGGGCGCCAGAAGGCAGCACCCCGUUGCUCGCUAAACUGUUUCCACAAACAGCGCCCGAAGUGGACACUACUGCCGAAAAUGAGCGUCAGAAGCGUGAGGAGGAAGAGGCUAAGGAGAACGAGCGCGCCUGGAAACGCAUGAAAUUAGGCUUUAGCAUUUUUGGUGGCGGAGGCAUAGCCUGUGCCUUAUGGGCCGUUUAUGAGUUUGGUAAGCCGGAAGUCGAUCCUGAAGGUCAGACCAUCGAGGACGAGUUCUCAAAUAAGCCAGUGGUGCAACAAUAUUUGCAACGCAUGUGGAAAUCAUUGCACUAUUAUCAAAAAAUGAUACAGGAGCCAUCGCGUGCUAAACUGCUGCCAGAUCCGUUCAAGCAUCCGUAUGUGCAUCCACGAUACACGCUGGUGCUGGAGAUGAAGGAUGUGCUGGUGCAUCCCGAUUGGACAUACCAGACGGGCUGGCGCUUCAAGAAGCGACCCGGCGUCGAUCACUUUCUUCAGGAGUGCGCCAAAGACUUUGAAAUCGUUGUCUUCACUGCCGAACAGGGCAUGACUGUUUUCCCCAUUUUAGAUGCGCUCGAUCCCAAUGGAUAUAUCAUGUAUCGACUCGUGCGCGACGCCACCCAUUUCGUUGACGGACACCAUGUUAAGAAUUUGGACAACUUGAAUCGGGAUUUGAAGCGGGUCAUCGUUGUGGACUGGGACUCCAAUGCCACGAAAAUGCAUCCGGACAACACGUUUGGCAUUGCCCGCUGGCACGGCAAUGAUGAUGAUGCUCAGCUUUUAGACUUGAUUGCCUUCCUAAAGAUAAUUGUUCAGAACGAGGUGGACGAUGUGCGUGAAGUGUUGCAUUAUUAUCGGCAAUUCGAUGACCCCAUUGGCCAAUUCAGGGACAAUCAGCGCAAGUUGGCUGAGCAGCUGGAGGAGAAAGAGCGUAUGGAGCAGACGAAAACAAAGCCAAUUGUCAAGCAAUGGUCUCGCAAUAUCCUGGGCCGCUAAUAGGCAUUGGUAUCCAUCCAUCUAGCGCUUGUCCCCAAUCAGUCGCCAUUUUAUAAUUUCCAGAGAAUAAUAAUGUCCCAGUAAUGUAGGCAACCGUUGAGUAGUAAAUGUCAAAGCUAAUUCUUUAAUUUAGUUAAAGGCAUGGCCAUAAAUCGAACACAAAUGCAACAAACAUUACACUUACACCCACACCCACUCGAACACACACACACUAUCCUUAGACAUACCAAAUGGAGUACAAGUGCACGCUUUUUCAGCUAAGCAGGUGAAUAGGCAGAGCUGCUGCAAAAGCUAUUGUAGAAUGUUUUGUUUUGGAUUCGUUUUAAGCAACUUGGUUAUUUACUUGCAAUUGUAAUGACUUUGACAAUGAACAUAAGGUUAAUGAUAAUGAUGAUUAUAAUAAUAAAUUUUAAAAACAA